AUGCCCAGUACUUACACCGAACCAGAAAAGAAAAUGAUCUCUAUCAAAAAAAAAACAUCUAGAAAAGAACAAAGAAGGUUAGCCGCGGAAAAAUUGACAACGAGCAAUCAAAUUAAAUUGUCAUUAUAUAUGCAAGCAUGUUGGAAAGAUCAAAUCCAAGUAACUUUGGAUAAGAUAAGAGAAUUUUUGGAAGAAGAGUGUGAUUUUGAUGUAGGCAAAACUUGCUUGAAUGAUGUGAUGCAUGGCCUCGGCUAUACGUUUCGAAAAAAAUCCGGCACGCCACUCAUAGAAGAACGCGUCGAUUUGAUCAUUUUGAGAGAAAAAUAUUUGGUUUUGAAAGAAAAGUUUGAAAAGGCUGGAAUCGAACCUUAUUUUGGAUUUUUCGAUGAGACUUGGAUUUUUGAAGGGAUGGUGUCUGAAUGA